CCUUUGCUCUUUCUAUCAAUCAGUAUGUAAUUUAUUUUUUUCUAUUAGCAUAAUAUCUCACGUCAUCGAUGUAACAUUAUAAAUACAAAUAGUGGACAGGAUGUUAAUGCGCUCAGUCUUUAUUCAUAUUUACUCGCUUGUUUUCUGCCCUUCUUCUUCUUUGAUAAUACAUAUCCCGAUACUCCAGAAAACUCUCUCGGGUUGUCCAUUUUCAUUUACUGUUUAGUAUAGUUAAUUAUGGAUGGAAUAAGAUUGAUAGGGUUUAUAUGUUUGUUGUCGUUUUACCGUUGUCUUGAUGGGGCGACCAUCGGGCUAAACAAACUCGUGGAAACAAUUCGAUCUAGCUCGAACAAUGAGCUCAAUUCCAAUAGAAUUUUCAACACUCCAGAGAUAAUAGAAAAAGCAGGUUACUCCACGGAAACUCACACUGUAAUAACAGAAGAUGGCUAUAUUUUGACGUUACAUCGUAUCCCAGGUGGCAAUGCAUCUCUACCUGUAUUACUGGUACAUGGUGCUUUUAACGACGACAGUGUUUGGAUCACUCUUGGUAAAGGCAAAGCACUCGCUUAUUUAUUAGCGGAUCAGGGGUAUGAUGUUUGGUUGGCUAAUAUGCGUGGUACUACUUAUUCUAGAAAGCACAUUUCUCUAUCAACAUCAGAUUGGAAAUUUUGGGAUUUUAGGUACUCUUUUUUAAAAUAAAAAAAAAAUAAAGUGAUAAAUAU